GUAUUCUAGAUGUACCCACUUUAUCCUGAUCGUUAUCUGCAGCAAAUGUCAACUUCCACUCCCCCCCGACAGAUCGAACGUCUUCCACCCUCCGCCAGAAACAUGCCAAAGGAUCGUUCGAGAAUAAAUCACGCUUGCGAAUCGUGUCGGCGACGGAAGACGAGGUGCGACGGCGAAAGGUUCCUUUCUCUCCCAUACGACGCUGGCUGAAACCACUGCGAUGCCUGUUCAACUGACCUUGCUCCUCGCGAUCCCCAGGCCGACUUGCGGGAAUUGCACUAGGUUUCUCAUAAUCUGCCGAUAUGCCGAUGGAAAGCGGGAAUCGGCGAGAAAAAGGACGCGGGAAUUGGAAGCGCAGGUUCAGAUUUACGAGAACCUUCUGCGGGAGCUCGAAAGCACUCUCGACGGACCGGAAAAACUCGCAGUGCAGAAUGCGCUCGCAGCGGGGCCGUUUACACUUGUGCCGCCAUCGGAACCCACGGAUUUCCCAAGCGACGACGGCAGCGAUCUCUCCAUGUCGGACGAUGAGGGCUCCAUUGGCUCCAAUGACACUCUUGCCGACGAUAUCAACACGCUCUCCGUCAACAAGCCGACUGGGUACAUGGGUCGCGGAUCGGAGGUCUCGUGGCUAAGGUCGCUACGACAAGCACUCGAGCUGGACGAGGCUGCGGAGGAUGAGGCGCUUCGUGAGAUUUGCGCGAGGAAAGGUGAUCCCGGUAGUUUGACCGAUGCCGGGCUGGACAUGGUUGGAGCUACCUAUCACCUCGACGAUAUCGAUCUAUCUCUAAGCGGGGAUAAAUAUCAGAUCGACACCUAUCAUAUCCCUCCCAAAAACAUCGCCGACGAGCUCGUUAGGCGGUACUUUGACACUGUCCACCCAUUAGUUCCCAUCAUCUCGAAACCGGAAUUCGAGGCAGCGUACGAAGCACUCCAUGCUAGCGGUCCCACCAGGAUCGCCAACCACUGGUUGAUGAUCAUCAACCUCGUUUUCGCCUCUGGCUCGCGCUCGGGCGAGAGUGUUGGAAUAGACAUGGGCUGUUCCCAUCUCGAAUGCUUCAACAGAGCUCGGGUCCUUGGGGCAUUGGACGGCGGCACGUUAUUCGAAAUUGCCGUGCUAAAGGACGUACAGGCGUUGGGCCUCGCCGGGAUAUAUCUCCUUGGUAGCAAGCAAACGAAUCGCGCGUGGAAUGCCGUAGGACUUGCCAUCAGGCUAGCACUUGGGUUAGGCCUACACCUCCGCAUGUUGGAUUCGAAACUCGACGAGCAUCAGCGGCAGAUGCGAGUGCGCGUGUGGUAUUCGGUGGAAUACCUCGAGGCAACCUUGUCUCUCGUGACCGGACGUCCGACGGUUCUACAAGAGGUGGAUCUGAGCCAGAUUCCCCGCUCCGCAUCGAUCGCGGAUAGCUCUCCGGACGCCUACUACAGCGCUCUGAUAAAACUAUCCGUGAUAAUAACGGUCGUGCAGAGUCAAAUAUACUCGACAACGGCCUUCGGGACUGUGGAGAAUAAAGGAAAGAGGGCAUUGAAGGAGGCUAUCCGUGUUCUGCGCCGGAGACUCGACCAUUGGAAGUGGGAAUUGCCACCGAUCCUGAACUUCUCAACACCCUGUGAGGAUCAGGGCCUAAUUACACAGAGAGCGGACCUUGCACUCCGCUACUACAAUUCGAUGAUUCUUGUUUACUUCAACAGUAUGUCUCGGCGGUAUUCCAAACGAGACGCUGCCGAAUGUGUAGCUGCCGCUCGCGCGAUGCUGUCUCUUAUCCUCCACCACACCGACAACAAGACGGCCGGUGUACUACCCUGGUGGUGUCUCUUGCAUUAUCUAGUGUGCGCUGAAGCUGUACUCUUGCAUGAGAUCGUGCGGAACAACGAUCUCGACUUUUGCCAACAGCUAGUCGAAGAGGCACGUCGGCCAUUGGAGUGGUUAAAUGUCGUUGGCAGUGUUGACCUGGCAGCACAGCGGGUCGACACACAGUUGGGAAGAUUGUUAGGACAUGUUGAAGCUAAGCUGGAGUCGAAGCGCGGGUUGCAGGCGGCAGGUUUGGUCGGGCAACAGCAGUGGCCAUCGUUUCCGAUCCCGCCACAGGGCAUGUAGGAUACGGGUUUCUUGCAUUCAUGGCGUUGGACUGUUAAUUUUAUGUAAUACCAUCAGAUCCCUUUGAUUUUUUCCACGGAGUCGAGCUACGGCACGGGGG